UCCAGCCCCACCCGUUAACUACACCCCGGACUACUCCUACAGACCCAAAGACUACUACUACGACAACGAGGAGGAUUACUCCUCUUCAGAUGUCGAGAUGUGGAUCCGUGCCGCCGUAAACACCGGGGCUCGCUCUAUCCAGCUCACCCAACAUCCGAAGGACAAGGCCUUCGCCGACCUCGAUAGCGUGCCCAUCAUCUCCUGCCACCUCAAACACCUCCACCUAUCGGGCGCAACGUUGCACGACAAGACCUUAAGGCAGCUCUCUUCCCAGUGCCCUUCUUUGCAAGUCCUGGAGCUCAGCAAGUGCUGCCUGGAUGGCCCCCAGAUAUCGUCUGCCUCGCUUACUAGUUUGGCCAUCGUCGAGUGCAGGAUCAUGGCCGACCUCUCCGUCACUGCUCCUAACCUCGUAUCGCUUCGCUGUGUCAGUCCGUACCAUCGUGCUCCUUCGUUUGAAAACAUGGGGUCUCUGGCCAGGGGCACCAUCGUGCUUAAUGACUCUUUCUUGCAUGAUAAGUUUGAAUACAAGUACAAAGAUAUCAAGCCAGAUGUAUCUGAGUGCGAUGCCAGUGACUCAAAUCAUGAUAACUGUGAUAGCGAUGCUGAUAACGACGACUUGAGGUCCAGCGAAGGAUUCUAUGGUGCUAAUGUUUUAGGUGGACAAAAUGUUAUCUGCAGCCUUUCAAAUGCUACAAGUUUGGAGCUCAUAGCUAAUGCCGGAGAGGUGAUUCUGAAUAGGGAACUGGAAAUGUGCCCAAUCUUUAGCAACCUCAAGGCGUUAUCCCUUGGUGAAUGGUGUAUGGCUGCUGACUUGCAUCCAUUAGUUUUAUUCCUGCAGCAUGCUCCAAAUCUGGAGAGGCUUUUUCUUAAACUUAAAAUGAAUCAUACGGAAAUAGAAAACAAUAUCAAUCCAGAGGGUACUUCAUUUGCUUGCAAAAAGCUUGCAGUGGUCAAGAUAAAAUGUCCCAAGGAGGAUGAAAGAGUUCAUGUGUUAGCACAGUUCUUUGUGGCUAAUGGCAUAGCCAUGGAAAAGAUAUCUGUCGACCACCGUCCGACUCGCCAAACUUGCAAAUCCUAGGCCUGAGACGCGGAUGGGAUGCCUUGUAGGAACUGCAGUUUGGGCGAUGAUUGCUGUUAUAUUCUCUCACGCGGCACAUAACCAUGGCUGCAGAACUUGAAUGGAGUUUCUGGUGCUUCGUGUGUGUAGCUCUGAAGUCUAAACUAUGUGUGGCUAUAUGAAACCCUUAAAGUAAAGAUUGUUUUUCUCUAGUAUGACGAGUUAACAUUAUUAUAUAUAAUCAAGUUUGGUUUCUUC